CUUCCCAAUCUCAGCCCCUCUCCCUCUCCGGACGAACGCGGGCGGGACAUGGCCGGAGCUGGGAAUGGAGAAGGAGGAGCUCCAUGGAAGAAGCUGAGCUGAACCGUUGAGAGAGAUUGCAGCUGGAUGGGGCCUGUUUGAUAUUUUUUCCACUCUCUACCUGCACAUUAGCUGAUGAUGGAUCUUCACGUGAAGCUUCUCCUUGCCUCCUUCAGCUGUCUACUUCUGAUUCAAAGAGCAUCAUCUGAUAAUACCACAGUGGGGCCCGGAGCAACAAACUGGACUUGCGUAUGCGCCGCUCAUCCACUAGGUGAACCAAACUCAAAUAGCAGUGUGUCAUCCAAUUGCUCUUCCUCGUGCCAUUGCCUACAAGAUGACAACGGCGGAACAGGGUCAUGGAACUGCUCGUGCCAGUCUGACAAGGCCCUUCAAAAACAAGAACAUGUUGUGUUACACGACACGAGCUGCUUCACUUCCUGUAACUGCACAUCCGGAAAUUCUGAAGAAGGAAGGAAGCAUUUCUCUAGCAAAACAGUUAUCGCUACACUCCUAGUAUGUGUGAUACUCACCACUGUUGCUUUUGUCGUCACCACGGCGUACUACUUCCGCCGCAAGGACGCUCUCUCUCCGCAUUCCCGGAUGCACUCUGUUGAUAAGUACGCAAGCUGGAGCAGCAGAUCGAACCUCGUCAGCAACCGAUCUUCUCCUCUUCCCCAAAUGAAACCGAAACCGGGGUUCAGUGUCAUCAAAGGGCUUUUGUGUAGCUGCCCACAAAUUUUCCGGACCGAAGAAGGUCCGUUCCCUGGCGUUGUUCUCCGGUUCUCCUAUGUGGAGUUGGAGCAAGCAACUGGAAAUUUUUCCGACGAACAUCUCAUCGGUGUUGGUGGGACAAGCAAGGUGUACCGAGGCCAGCUCAGAGAUGGCAAAGUCGUAGCCGUGAAGAAGCUUCGGCCCCUAGGAGGCGCGGAUGAAGACUAUGAGUUCCUGUCCGAGAUCGAGCUGCUGUCACGGCUGAACCACUGCCACGUGGUGCCACUGCUGGGGUACUGCUCGGAGCGGCAGGGCCGGCAGCUGGAGAGGCUGCUUGUGUUCGAGUGCAUGCCCAACGGCAACCUGAGGGAGUGCCUGGACCUCAAGAGCCAAGGGAGGAAGCCCAUGGACUGGCCGACGCGUGUUGGCGUGGCGCUCGGCGCGGCGAGGGGCCUAGAGUACCUCCACGAGGCGGCGGCGCCGCGCAUCCUCCACCGCGACAUCAAAUCCACCAACAUCCUCCUCGACGACAAGUUCAGAGCCAAGAUCACUGAUCUCGGCAUGGCCAAGUGCCUGAUGAACGACGGCGUGACGAGCUGCUCGAGCUCGCCAGCGCGGAUGCUGGGCACAUUCGGGUACUUCGCGCCGGAGUACGCGAUCGUGGGCAAGGCGUCGCUCAAGUCAGACGUGUUCAGCUUCGGCGUGGUGGUGCUGGAGCUGAUCACCGGCCGGCAGCCGGUGCACAGGAGGGGCGCAGGCGGUGACGAGAGCCUGGUGAUGUGGGCGACGUCGCGGCUGCGUGACAGCAGGCUGGUGGUGGCGGAGCUGCCGGACCCGGCGCUGAAGGAGGGCGGGUUCCCACCGGAGGAGAUGCAGAUCAUGGCGCACCUGGCCAGGGAGUGCCUGCAGUGGGACCCGGAGGCCAGACCCACCAUGACCGAGGUCGUCCAGAUCCUCUCCACCAUCGCGCCCCACGCUGCAGACAAGCGCCGCCGCCACCACCUGCCCGCCGCAGGCUUCCAUGCCGAGAGGCCGCGGGAAUGCUCAGUGUCGCUAGAACGGUGGCAGGACGGUGACCGCGAUCACUUGCACAGAGGGAACGGUAACGUUGCCGUGUCGGGGGAGGUUGCGGUUAACGUCGGCAUGCCCGCGACGACGAUAGGUCGGAGCUGGCGGUCCCCCGAACCGGAGGAGGUGGAUCUGACAGAGCCGCGGCUGGAGACGUUCACGCAGCCGACGACGACGACGACCCUCUUCAGGUGAACGAAUGAAGAUGGAUCAAACGUACUGUACGUCGGAGAAUAGAUAGGUAGACUACACUAGUCCGUUAGCAAGAUUUUG